ACGCGGGGCGCGGGGGAGCAGCGCGGCGCUCACGGGCCGGGGCGCGCAGCUGCGGUCGCCGGUGAGCGCGGGCUCCCUCUCGCGUGGCCUCGCCGGGUGCGCCUGGCCUGCCCACCUCCGGAGCCGCCUCUGCCCCCGUAUGGGCUGGGGAAGUUGGGAGGAGGGAGCCGGAGCCGGAGCCCGAGCCCGCGCCGGGCGCGCUCGGUCGCUGCCUGACUCGGCGCCCGCAGUUCGGGCGCAGCGCGCCAGCCGCAGGAGCACGGAUGUCCCCCGGAGCCGCGGGCUGGCAGAUAACUCAUGCUAGCAUCCUGGUGUCUGUCCCUUGGACUCAUCCUGAUGCCCUUUCGUGAGUUAAGGUCUGGGGUCCUGAGGCUGCCGGCAGACUAUGGGUACAACGGCCAGCACAGCCCAGCAGACGGUCUCGGCAGGCACCCCUUUUGAGGGCCUCCAGGGCAGCGGCACGAUGGACAGUCAGCACUCGGUCAGCGUCCACUCCUUCCAGACCACUAGCUUGCAUAACAGCAAGGCCAAGUCCAUCAUCCCCAACAAGGUGGCCCCUGUUGUGAUCACGUACAACUGCAAGGAGGAGUUCCAGAUCCAUGAUGAGCUGCUCAAGGCUCAUUACACGUUGGGCCGGCUCUUGGACACCACCCCUGAGCACUACCUGGUGCAAGGCCGCUACUUCCUGGUGCGGGAUGUCACUGAGAAGAUGGAUGUGCUGGGCACCGUGGGAAGCUGUGGGGCCCCCAACUUCCGGCAGGUGCAGGGUGGGCUCACUGUGUUCGGCAUGGGACAGCCCAGCCUCUCAGGGUUCAGGCGGGUCCUCCAGAAACUCCAGAAGGACGGACAUAGGGAGUGUGUCAUCUUCUGUGUGCGAGAGGAACCUGUGCUGUUCCUGCGUGCAGAUGAGGACUUUGUGUCCUACACACCUCGAGACAAGCAGAACCUUCAUGAGAACCUCCAGGGCCUUGGACCCGGGGUCCGGGUGGAGAGCCUGGAGCUGGCCAUCCGGAAAGAGAUCCACGACUUUGCCCAGCUGAGCGAGAACACAUACCAUGUGUACCAUAACACCGAGGACCUGCGGGGGGAGCCCCAUGCCGUGGCCAUCCGUGGUGAGGACGACUUGCAUGUGACGGAGGAGGUGUACAAGCGGCCCCUCUUCCUGCAGCCUACCUACAGGUACCACCGCCUGCCCCUGCCCGAGCAAGGGAGUCCCCUGGAGGCCCAGUUAGACGCCUUUGUCAGUGUUCUCCGGGAGACCCCCGGCCUGCUGCAGCUCCGCGAUGCCCACGGGCCUCCCCCAGCCCUCGUCUUCAGCUGUCAGAUGGGCGUGGGCAGGACCAACCUGGGCAUGGUCCUGGGCACCCUCAUCCUGCUUCACCGCAGUGGGACUACCUCCCAGCCAGAGGCUGCCCCCACGCAGGCCAAGCCCCUGCCCAUGGAGCAGUUCCAGGUGAUCCAGAGCUUUCUCCGCAUGGUGCCCCAGGGAAGGAGGAUGGUGGAAGAGGUGGACAGAGCCAUCACUGCCUGUGCUGAGUUGCAUGACCUGAAAGAAGUGGUCUUGGAAAACCAGAAGAAGUUAGAAGGUAUCCGACCGGACAGCCCAGCCCAGGGAAGUGGCAGCCGACACAGCAUCUGGCAGAGGGCGUUGCGGAGCCUGGAGCGAUACUUCUACCUGAUCCUGUUUAACUACUACCUUCAUGAGCAGUACCCGCUGGCCUUUGCCCUCAGUUUCAGCCGCUGGCUGUGUGCCCACCCUGAGCUGUACCGCCUGCCUGUGACGCUGAGCUCAGCAGGCCCUGUGGUUCCGAGGGACCUCAUCGCCAGGGGCUCCCUGCGGGAGGACGAUCUGGUCUCCCCGGACGCACUCAGCACUGUCAGAGAGAUGGAUGUGGCCAACUUCCGGCGGGUGCCCCGCAUGCCCAUCUACGGCACGGCCCAGCCCAGCGCCAAGGCCCUGGGGAGCAUCCUGGCCUACCUGACGGACGCCAAGAGGAGGCUGCAGAAGGUUGUUUGGGUGAGCCUUCGGGAGGAGGCCGUGUUGGAGUGUGACGGGCACACCCACAGCCUGCGGUGGCCUGGGCUCCCUGUGGCUCCUGACCAGCUGGAGACCCUGGAGGCCCAGCUGAAGGCCCAUCUAAGCGAGCCUCCCCCAGGCAAGGAGGGCCCCCCGACCUACAGGUUCCAGACCUGCCUCACCAUGCAGGAGGUCUUCAGCCAGCAGUGCAGGGCCUGCCCUGGCCUCACCUACCACCGCAUCCCCAUGCCGGACUUCUGUGCCCCCCGAGAGGAGGACUUUGACCAGCUGCUGGAGGCCCUGCGGGCCGCCCUCUCCAAGGACCCAGGCACUGGCUUUGUGUUCAGCUGCCUCAGCGGCCAGGGCCGUACCACGACUGCGAUGGUGGUGGCUGUCCUGGCCUUCUGGCACAUCCAAGGCUUCCCCGAGGUGGGUGAGGAGGAGCUUGUGAGUGUGCCUGAUGCCAAGUUCACUAAGGGUGAAUUUCAGGUAGUAAUGAAGGUGGUGCAGCUGCUGCCCGAUGGGCACCGUGUGAAGAAGGAGGUGGACGCGGCACUGGACACUGUCAGUGAGACCAUGACGCCCAUGCACUACCACCUGCGGGAGAUCAUCAUCUGCACCUACCGCCAGGCAAAGGCAGCGAAAGAGGCGCAGGAAAUGCGGAGGCUGCAGCUGCGGAGCCUGCAGUACUUGGAGCGCUAUGUCUGCCUGAUUCUCUUCAACGCGUACCUCCACCUGGAGAAGGCUGACUCCUGGCAGAGGCCCUUCAGCACCUGGAUGCAGGAGGUGGCAUCGAAGGCUGGCAUCUACGAGAUCCUCAACGAGCUGGGCUUCCCCGAGCUGGAGAGCGGGGAGGACCAGCCCUUCUCCAGGCUGCGCUACCGGUGGCAGGAGCAGAGCUGCAGCCUCGAGCCCUCCGCCCCCGGGGACUUGCUGUAGGGGGCCUUACUCCCUGUCCCCCCACCCACAGGGCCCCACGCAGGCCUGGGGUGUCUGAGGUGCUUUUGGCUGGGAGCGGCCCUGAGGGGUGCUGGCCUUGAAAUGAUUCCCCCGCUUCCUGGAGAGACUGGGCGGAGUUGGGAGCCUUUUUAGAAAGAACUUUUUAUAGGACAGGGAGACAGCACAGCCAUCCUUGGCAAACCACCAAGAUGUGUGGCUGACCUCCAGGGAGGAGCACUCACUGGAGUGCUCACAAGGUGCACACUGCUGUGUGCACCUUGCAGACAGGCUGGCGUUCAGCCUCCAAGGGGCUCACUCCCCCAGUUGCCAAACACUGUGGAUCUCUCUGUCCUCUUCUCCCCGCUCUCAGAUUGGCCUGGCAGCCCCUGGCACAGAGCAGACCCAGCCACUGGUAGCUCCCCACUUCCUUACUUCUGCUGCUCUGCCAUUGCCGCUCCCCUUCUUGCUGCCCAAGCACUGCCCUCGGGCGUCUGGCAGCCUGAGGUGGGUGGAGGGGACAGUGUUCUGGAUAGAUCUAUUAUGUGAAAGGCAGCUUCACCCAGUUUUCGGGACUCUCAUGCCCCCAUCUCCAACCUGGGAGACUUCAGGAAGGACAACCUACCUGGCCUGGUGGGGCUGGCAGGAUGGUGGAAGUUUCUCAAGGAGCUGGAGACCUCAGGGAGCCCCUCUCAUGGGGAGGAAAGAGCUUCCAGGAGGUGAACGCAGCACAGAGGAAGAGGCCUGCUCCACUUGCCUGGGAACCUGGGCAGGAGGCACAGAGGAAGCCAAGGCCUGGGGCUGCAGGUUUCCCGGCACCUCUCUCUGUCCCAGCAGCCCAGGAUGGCCUGGUGCCCCCACCUGCUGCAGCAGGAGCCCCAGGGAGUGCUGGCCGAGGGCAGUUGCUGGGGUGGUCCUCAUGGACAGUGAGGUGUGCAAGGGUGCACUGAGGGUGGUGGGAGGGGUCACCUGGGUUCCAGGCCAUCCUUGCUGAGCAUCUUUGAGCCUGCCUUCCGGUGGGAGCAGCAAAGGCCAGACCCUGCUGAGUUAGAGGCUGCUGGGAUCCACUCUUUCCACACAGCGGGAAGGCUGCUGGGAACAGGGGGCAGAGAAGUGCCAUGUUUGAGUUGAGCCUUGCAGCUCUUCCAGCUGGGGACUGGUGCUUGCUGAAACCCAGGAACUGAACAGUGAGGAGGCUGUCCACCUUGCUUGGCUUACUUAGGACCAGGAGAGCCUGUCUUUGGUUAGGCUCAUGUACUUCUGCAGGAAAAAAAAAAAAAAAAAAAAAGGAUGUGUCAUUGGUCAUGAUAUUUGAAAAGGGGAGGAGGCCGAAGUUGUUCCCAUUUACCCAGUAUUGGAAAAUAUUUGACCCCCUUGGCUGAAUUCUUUUGCAGAACUACUGUAUGUCUGUUCACUACCUUUUCAGGUUUAUUGUUUUUAUUUUUGCAUGAAUUAAGACGUUUUAAUUUCUUUGCAGACAAGGUCUAGAUGCGGAGUCAGAGAUGGGACUGAGUCGGGAGGGAUCCUUUGUGUUCUCAUGGUUGGCUCUGACUUUCAGCUGUGUUGGGACCACUGGCUGAUCACAUCACCUCUCUGCCUCAGUUUCCCCAUCUGUAAAAUGGGAGAAUAAUACUUGCCUACCUACCUCACAGGGGUGUUGUGAGGAUUCAUUUGUGUUUUUUUUUUUUUGUACAGAGCUUUUAAGCAUUAAAAACAGCGGGCCUUGGCUGGGUCCACCUGGGACAUGCACCCCUGAA